AUGAUGAGAAGAUGCCUUUUCACAUUUUUUCAUGCCUGUUUCUAUCGGCAUCGUUGUGAACGUCGACCAACUCCUGGUGUUUUCCGGGAGGCCCUGCGCCAUCUCGCUGCGGCCGAGAGUUCGGGACUUUUCAACCAAGAUGCUGACUCGGUGGAUGGCCAACCCACAGAUGAGAUCCCUUUGAAGAAGGAUGGUGUGCUGUCCCAUCGAGCUGGCAUGGACACCCUGCAGCGCGCGGCCAAGCCCAUUUGGGACAAAGCGGAGUCAUACGUGCAGACCAAGCUUCGCUGCCAUUGCUUUUUGUGCAGCUCAUUGUUGCGAAGAUAUGGCGAUGCGGGCAUUCGGACGUCCAUCCAGGCACAUUUUGAUGAGUAUGCUUUUGCAACUGCCAUUGUAUCUCUUGAUAAGCUCUCAGACUUCUCUGGAGGCCUGGUGGUGCAAGCACAACCUGCUGAGCAUUCACGACGCCUCGUCGAGCUGGACUUGGGAGAUUUGGUGCUGCACUCCUAUGACCUGCUCCACAGUGUCGACGUUCAAGGCGGUACUCGUCACAGCCUGAUCAUGUGGUUCAGCACCAGCCGGGCGGCCUGUCACAAGGCACAGACGCCCUGGAAGAGGAAGUAUGCUCGACUGGGGGAGCCCAAUGCCCAGUAUCAGUAUGCCCGGAGCUUGAUCUUCAAUAGUGGUGAAGCGGCGCAGGGCUGGCGAUGGCUGGCACAAGCUGCGUCCAAAGGACAAAGCACCGCACAGCUGAAUUGGGGGUUGAGGCAGAUGCAGGAGGGCCGCAGGGCGAGAGCCCAGCAUUGGUGGCGCCGUGCUGCACGUCAGGGUGUCAAGGAGGCAGCUCACAAUCUGGGCCUUUCCUUCUUGGAGUCCGGAUCCUUCAAAAGCGCUUUGCGCUGGCUGCGCCGUGCUGCUCACAUGGGCGACGCGGAUGCGGAAGCCCUGCUCGGUGGUUGCUUGGACUUCCAUCCGCCCUGCGUCGCUUGA